AUGAACGCCUGCCGGACCGCCCUGCUGCGGCGAGCGGUGGCUGCGGCCGCGCCAGCUCGCUUUUCCUCGACUUUUGCAGUCGCAUCACGCCGGACAGCAACAUCGUCCUCAUUACACACCCCCACCGCAUCGUCUUCCUCCUCCUCCUCCUCCUUCUUCUCGACCUCCUCCGUCUCUCACAACGCCGCCCCUGCCGACACACCAUCACAAGACGGCGCUGCCGCUGCCGCGGCCGCCGCCCCAGCCGCCGAGGCGGAUGCAGCCCCGGCGGCGCUGUCGUCGUGCCCCGAGGGCACCGUGCUCGUGGGCCUCAACUACACCAAGGGUAGGACGGACCCUGUUGCCCUGCGGGACGAGGAGUACCCGUCGUGGCUGUGGAACUGCCUCGAUGUCAUGAAGAAGGCCGCCACGACCGAAGACGCCGACGCUGGUGAUGAGUUUUCCAAGAGCAAAAAGCAGCGGCGCAUGGCGCUGCGGCGGCAGCGCGAGCUCGAGGCCAAGGUGCUGGCGACGGGCGACCUGACGGCCCUGGCGCCCAAGAUCCCCCUGCAGCACCAGACGGUCAACCUGCCGGUGGGCGCGGAGCGGGCCGAGGGCCAGCCGGCGCCGACGCAGCUGGAGGACACGCUGGCGGCGGCAGGCAAGCGCAAGGAGCUGCGGGUGGCGAUGCGCAAAGAGCGGCGGGCCAAGAUCAAGGAGAGCAACUACCUGCGGUCGAUGUAG